AACCACUUCCCUUCCAAACAUCUUACAAACAUCCCAUGCCCAUUUCAUACCCGCCACGGCAGCUCACUUACAUCAACGCCUUGAAAUCGCACAAAAUUCAUUCGAAGAAAAUUUGUUGUCACUCAUCGAGGCUCGACUUAUCGAAAUGUCAAUUCAACAGACUUUCCCUCCCCCAGAGCCGAAGUUUUACAAGUAUCGCAGAGGAAGGGAAAAUCGCGACAAGGAUGGCCAAGCCAUGGUAAGGGUGGAGGAGCUUUUCACCUCCAUGUUCAGGUGCGAACGGUCAGGCAUCACAUACGCUGCGGGAUCCUGGGGUUAUACGGUGCUACGCACCGCAUACUCAGAAGAGUCCGACACACUCUGGCCGAUCGCGAUGGACAAACUCAACCGAUGGGUUACCAAGUACUUCAUCCACGCUAACCGUCUCGUGAUGAACAAGCCCGACGGUGAGAUUAACGAGGAACUUGCGCGCCGGUUCAUUCUCGAGGUCAUUGAGGAUAGGGAGUCUGAGAAGCUCAAGAUUCCUGACCUUUCCGUAACAAGCCAAGAGACCAUCCAGGCACUCACCCAGGUAUUUGAGGAUUGGCGUGGCAGAGCAAUUGGUGAGAUCGAUUCUGGCCUAGGAGAUAGCCCAAGAUUCUGCGACUUCCUCGUCAUCGACGAGGCUUCUAUGCGAUCUCUCGCUGCCCUGCCCGAUGACAUGCCGUCGACGGAACUUGUGCCUCGCGCGGAAAGACGGGCCCGCGAUCAGAUCUGGGCCGGCGUCUACGUUUGGCUCGUCGACUCCGCAGCAGUGCAACGGUUCAGCGGCACUGAAGAUGAAGAUAACUACGACGGCUGGAUGAGGCUUAGUCCGCAUGACCUAGCGGAUGCGUGGUUCGAAAAGGUUGAAAGAUCCUCCAAUGAGAAUUGGACCUUUGAUCGCGUUGAUAUACCCGAAGGGUCUGGGGAGAAGUGGUACACUCAGCGAUAGCAGAUCUUGUGGAACUGAACGGCAGCCCGACGAGAGUUUGUUCCACCACGUCGAUAGAUAGCAAGUUUUCAGGCGCCUUUAAAAGCUCCACAACGGGUAUAAGAACCAUAUUUAUACAGUAUCCAUGA